GGGAAAUGUCCUCCAUUCACCGCGCGACGCGAUGGAUGCGCCAGGGAUGGAUUCCUCGCGCGCGAUCGAUCGAGAGAGGGCGAUGAUCGGCGCCAGGGCAGCGGAGCCGCGGCGCGUCAAUCUGCGCUUCCGGAUUCCAUAUUUCACGCAAUGGGGCCAGAAUCUCAUCGUCACAGGUUCGCAUUCCUCUCUCGGCAGCUGGAAUCUCCACCAUGGACUGGCGAUGGUUCCACACCACGACGAGGAGCUCGGCGAGCUGGUCUGGACCGCGCAGCUGCCCGUGCGCGAGGGAUUCCAGGCGAGCUACUCGUAUUGCGUUGUGGAUGAUAAGCGCAAUGCGGUCAGGAGGGAGGCUGGAAAUCCCCGGAGCUUUGUUCUUCCGGAUGGAAUUCCCAGUGGCAGCAUUGUUGAUCUAUAUGAUCUCUGGCAGGAAGGCUGUUCUCCAGAGAGUUUGCUGUCACGCAGUGCUUUCCGUGACGCGAUUUUUAGAAACUCCAAGUCUAGUAGCACUUGUGAGGAGACUGGUACUCCCUUUACCGGCAGCUAUGGCGCCGAGCUCCUCAAAGAUCGUGGAAAAAUUGGUGUCUGCUUUGAGCUCAGUUGUUCCAUCUUAGAGAAUGGGCAAGUUGUUUACGUUACUGGAAGUUCGAGUUCUCUUGGAAGCUGGGACUAUGAAUCAGCACUUAAGCUUACGAGAACGGGCGAUUCAAGCUGGCAUGGCUGCUGUGCAAUCGAUAAACAAGACUUUCCCGUGAAGUACAUCUACUUUCUGAAAGAUCUCCGUGGAGAAGUGACGUGCGAGCUUGGCGAUGGCCGCAAGUUGUCACUUGAUUCUACAUGGAGAAAACCAUCUUCCCUGAUUAUAGUAUCGGAUGGACAUUUCAAGGGUGAUCUGUGGAGAGGUGCUGGCCUUGCCAUCCCUGUGUUUUCAAUAAGGACGCAUGCGGACGUUGGAGCGGGCGAGUUUUUGGACCUGAAACUGCUUGUGGAUUUAGCAGUGAAGUCUGGAUUGAGGCUUCUACAGUUGCUACCAGUUAAUGAUACUUCCGUGCACGGGAUGUGGUGGGACUCGUAUCCAUACAGCUCACUUUCAGUAUUCGCUCUACACCCGCUUUAUUUGAGCUUGGAAGCCAUGACUGAAAGAUUGCCUCAAGAACUCCAGGACGAGAUUUCCCAAGCAAGAAAGAAGCUCGAUCUAAAGGUUAGCCUGACUUUAGUUUACUCAGUUAUUGACUGUCUCCAAAUGCAGGAUGUUGACUAUGAAGGAACCAUGAAGACAAAGCUGUCUAUAGCUAAAAAGAUUUUUCACAUAGAAAAAGAAGCCGCAUUUAAUUCCUCAAAGUUUAAGACUUACUUUGACGAAAAUAAGCACUGGUUAGAACCAUUUGCUGCUUUUUGCUUUUUGCGUGACCUUUUCGACACCGCUGAUCAUUCUCAAUGGGGCCGCUUUUCAACAUUUUCGCCUGAAAAGCUAGAAAAGCUUGUGUCUCCUUCUUCUGACCAUUACAACUUGAUCUCUUUCACAUACUUUCUUCAGUAUCAUCUUCAUUCUCAGCUCACUGAAGCGUCUGAGUACGCUCGAAACAAUGGCGUUGUUUUGAAAGGAGAUCUUCCCAUUGGUGUCGAUAGAAACAGUGUGGAUACAUGGGUGUUUCCCACAUUGUUUCGAAUGAAUACAUCGACGGGUGCUCCUCCAGACUAUUUCGAUAAGAACGGGCAAAACUGGGGAUUUCCUACUUACAACUGGGAAGAAAUGUCCAAAGAUAACUUUGCAUGGUGGAGAGCUCGUUUAACUCAGAUGUCCAAGUACUUCACGGCUUACAGGAUUGAUCACAUUCUAGGAUUUUUUCGCAUCUGGGAGCUGCCUGCGCACGCUGUUACAGGUCUUAUGGGCAAGUUUCGACCGUCGCUUCCAUUGACGCAGGAAGAGCUGGAAGCACAAGGAAUUUGGGAUUUCAAUCGUCUUAGCGAACCAUACGUUCGAUGUCAUACUUUGCAAGCAAAAUUUGGAGACGCGUGGUCUGAGAUUGCGUCCAAGUAUUUUGAUGAGUACGAACAUUUGUGCUACAAGUUCAAGAAAGAGCACGAUACAGAAAGGAAAAUUCUUGGAGCUGUUAGUCAACUUGAAGAUUCGAAAAAGCAGGAACAAAUCAAGGGUGCAUUGUUCGACCUUCUACGUGACGUUGUCUUGAUGAGGGACCCAGAGGACAGUAGAAAGUUCUAUCCGAGAUUUGGAAUGGAGAACACAUCAAAUUUCAAGGAGCUUGACGAGCACAGCAAGAACGUCUUGCAGAGAUUGUACUAUGACUACUUCUAUCACAGGCAAGAAGGCCUCUGGCGCGAAAACGCUUUAAAAACGCUUCCAGUUUUAAUGAGCUCUUCUGAAAUGCUAACUUGUGGAGAGGACCUUGGAAUGGUCCCAGCAUGCGUUGCUCCGGUUCUUAACGAGCUUGGCCUGCUUGGACUGAGGAUCCAACGGAUGCCCAGCACUCCAGGCCAGGAGUUUGGCAAUCCACUGGAAUACGAAUACAUGACGGUGUGUGCACCUUCGUGUCAUGACUGCUCGACUAUGCGUGCUUGGUGGGAGGAUGACGAAGGCAGACGAAUCCGAUUCUACAAAGACUAUCUGGGAAUGAGUGAGUCCCCUCCUGCUCAGUGCUUACCAGAUGUUGCGCGAGUUAUAAUCGAACAACACAUGAAAUCGCCGUCAAUGUGGGCCAUUUUCCCUCUCCAGGACCUUCUUGCUCUCAAGGAGGAGUAUACAGGCCGACCGGCCAACGAGGAAACUAUCAACGAUCCAACGAAUCCAAAGCAUUACUGGAGAUUCAGGACUCUCACUCAUGUGGAAACUCUGCUAGAAGAUAGGGAGCUCAUUUUUUCAAUAAAAAAUCUGGUGGAAAGCGGUGGGAGAGGUACUAAAUCUCUAGAGAAUGGCUUUGAAAGUAAGAUGAAGCUCUAAACGUAAUGAAUUGCAAAGCUUUUCUAUACUA